ACAUGAACUGUGACAGUGACAGUAGCACCAAACGCACCUGCAGGGGAAGCUACUGUUUUAAAGCAUUGAAAACGUUUAACCUCUAGUUUACCGUCAUUUCGACGCUUUUAUGUCAAUUUUCUUCGUAUACCGAGAAUACUGAUUUUUUGAAUAGUAAAAAAAAUGUCGAUCAACGAAGGAGAACCGUUCGACAUAAAUAGUCCGAAUUUUAAUCCCGACGAAUAUUGCUACAAACUUGUUACGGAAUGUCGACUUCGUGAGAUUAUGAAUAGUAUGGACGAGAUAUUGGCGUCCAGAGCAAUACUCGAAUCUGAACUACAAACUCUUGUUUAUGAGAAUUACAACAAAUUUAUAUCAGCGACAGAUGCCAUUAGAAAGAUGAAAAGCGACCUAGGUCAAAUGGAAGGUACUUUGGACUCACUGGAGACCAAUAUGGAGAGUAUAACUUCAUUUUCAGAGCAAAUAUCUUCAACCUUGUCUGGGACAAGGCAAAAAAUAUCUAGACUGUCUUCGGUGCAUGCGCUUUUAAAAAGGCUGGAAUUUCUCUUCAAGCUACCAACGAAUUUGAAGGUUCUCAUGAACCGGGGCAACUUUGCUCAGGCGGUAGAGGAUUACAGCCGAGCCCAACGAGUUUUAAACAAAUAUGGAAAUAUGCCUUCUUUCAAUGGUAUACAAAGCGAUUGUGAAGUAAUAGCAGAAGAGCUGAAGGCAAAGUUGAGACUAGAGUUCCGAAAGAGAGAUGCAACGACAAAAUCAUUGGCUGAAAGUGUGGAUCUCUUGCUCCGACUGAAGGAGCCUCCAGAUUCCUUGUGCGCUGAGUUUCUGAACUAUGCUGAUAAUCGAGCUUCCGAUCAAUUGGAAUUGCUGGAAGACAUGUGCGAGAACGACAUUCUCGAAUUCAUGGAUGUGGCCAGCUCGGGAUUUCUCGUUGACCUUUGCCUCGUAGUUGGUUCUUAUAGAAAUAUGUUUGUCGAGAGAGCAGCUCUGGAUGAGAACGAAUUUAGCGAUGAUUUCGAGGCAAAAGCAGUUGCUCGGUUGGACGCUUUCGUUUUGGCAAAUGUAAACAAAUAUUUCGAUCUUGUAACAAAAAGAAUCGAGCGGGUUGCCGAUACGGCUCUUUUGGUCCGAGCUCUCGACAAGUUCCACAGGAAACUUCGAACCAUCAAUAGUCUUUGCACCGAAAAAGAUUUCGCCAAAAAAGGAACUAGGGUCGCGAUCGAUGCUGGAAAAAAACAAUGCCGCGCUCAUUCCGAUUCGCUCAAACAACAUCUCAGCGAAACUCUCGCAAAAGUACGUCAAACCCUCGCGACGCGGGUAGGUCAGGAUGGCGAAAGAGGAAAUAGCACUAGCAGUGCCACCGGCGGUGCCAUGAACGACGGAGGCCUCGCGGAAUUAGAAGCUCUUCUCGUUAUGCCAAUGAUCGAAAAGGUUAAAGGUGUUUUACAGGAUUUAUCGGUAUUUCUCCAACCGGAACUGUCCUUCAGUCCGAACCAACAAUUCCUCCGGAGUUUUGGUGUCGCGCAGGUUCGAGAGGGCUUGGUCAUCGGUUUCCUGACCCACGUGAUCGAGACCGUGUCCGGAUUUUCUUCAGGAUCGGACGUGCCCAAGUUUCCGCCUACUCUGUUACUUUUACUGAGUAAAAUGUGUUUGGAAUUUAAAGAAAGCGGUGUCCGUUACCUCCUGACAACGACCGACGAAAUGUUCAACGUUCGGGAGCACGCGAGUCCCGAAACGGCGGCAACCAGCGAGACCGAAAUGUGUGAAAGCUUUCAAAAAGCAGCUCAAGACUUGUUGAAUCAUUACGUGAGGCUCCAGGGCCUCGCGGUAUCGCGGAUGCUUCGAAAAUCGGUGGAAACUCGAGAUUGGCUCCACACGAUCGAGCCGAGGACCGUUCGGGCCGUGAUGAAACGCGUCGUUGAAGACGUCACAGCGAUAGAGUCACAAGUUGCGGCUCUCUACGACGACAUCGAGGCUCAAGUCGACAGGAGCAGCGACAGCAGUAGAAAGACUCAUAGCGCGAGCGUCUCGCGUCAUCAGUACAGAUCGAAUUGGUCCUCGUACACGUCGAGCCAUUUGGAUUCCUCCCUCGUCUCUAACAUUCACAAACUUUUCUCCGAACGUAUAGAGAUUUUUUCAUCGGUUCAAUUCAACAAGGCGUCUAUUCUUACGGGUGUCAUAAAGAUAAGUUUGAAGACCUUCCUCGAGUGCGUGAGGCUUCGCACCUUCAGCAAAUACGGUCUGCAGCAGAUUCAAGUCGACACGCAUUAUCUCCAAUUGUAUCUGUGGAGAUUCGUCACCGACGAAAACCUCGUACAUUUUUUACUCGACGAGAUAUUGGGUAGCGCGGUCCAUCGCUGUCUCGAACCUAUUCUGAUGGAGCCGAGCGUCGUCGACAUUAUCUGCGAGAGGGGAUAAAUCUCAUAAUACUCUCGCAACGUUUAUAUAGAUAAAAGUUGAUUAUAUUAUUAAAUGUGUACUGUAUAUUCCAUACGAUAAUAUAUUUGUUGGAUGAAA